GCCAUGUUAGCUGAUGUUAAGUAAACACCACGGAGGAAAAGAAGCUGAGGGAUAAAUGGUCCUGUGAAGCCAAGAACCAUCAGCAAAGAGGAUCUUGUUCAAGCAGAAAUGAGACGAAUUUUUUCCAGUCCUUCUGUGGGAAAUCCACAGUCCUGUCCUUCCCAAUCAAUUGAGGAUCAUAGUGCUUUGGCCAAGAAUGCUGUUACGUCAUUGACACAGCAUGAAUUUGUCGGAGAAACAUCUGCUUCAACUAAUAACCAACAACUGAAGUCCAGUUCAAUCCAAAAAGUAACAUUGUAAAGCGCAAACGUGUUGGUGCACCAUCGUCCUUUUACAAAGGGAAGACUGUGCCAUCUAAAUCUAGCAAAACCGUUGUUAAGGAAGAACAAAGAAGACUUGUGGCCUUGAACUAUCCUGGUAAAAAAGCUCCUCGUGUUGAUACGUUUAAAGAUGAUUUAGUGGUGUUUGAUGGUCUGAUAAGAUUUCUUAAUAAUGAUACAUGUACAGAGCAGACCGUAAGGUCGAAGAUUGCUUGCAAGUUGAAGCAGAAGAGAGCUUUUUUUGUGGACCUUGUCACAUGCCGAUCAGAAGAUUUUGACUUUGUUAAAGUUGCCAAUAAGCGCAUCCGUCGUCCAGAUGGGAAUGAUGAAAUAACAACUCCUCCUGGGUCUGCUGGUGUUGAAAGAGAUCUUGCAGAGAUUUUUCAUGAUGAUAGUGAUAGUGAGAAAUGGCUCGAAGUUUCAUGCCCCUGUGUUACAAAUAUCAGGAAUUUACAAGCAAGGUGCUAUUUAUGUACUUCUGAAUAAGAGCUUCACGGUAUUCAAGGAAGGUGAGAUUGAUGAUUCAAGUGAUAGUGAUUUAGAGGUAUAACCCAUUCAGUCCAGUGACGGCUUGCAAUCAACCAGUUGCCUUGGCAAAAAGGGGUAUCCUUCAGUGGUGACUGAUCAUCAUUCUGAGCAACAUUUGUUGCCUGCACAUGACUACCCUUCCACAAGUGGUAUCAAAAACUAUAUAUUGUCUGCCAGUGCCUCUUACACCAAACAAUGGAAGUUCUGCCACUGAUGUACCAAGGACUGACAGAAAGGAUGCUCCUUUUGUAGACCAGUUACAAGAGUUGUUUCCCCAGCUAUCUGGUAGCACCUUGUAUGCCACAGCUCAAUCAUCAUCUACAAUGGGUGAUGCUAUUGACAGGAUUCUAUUGCUGACCAAUGGAGACCAGAAGGAAGGAAGUCUCCAACUCCUUCAUGGGACAUUCCCUGGGCCAAGCAAGGAUGAAAUAACAACUCCUCCUGGGUUUGCUGGUGUUGAAAGAGAUCUUGCAGAGAUUUUUCAUGAUGAUAGUGAUAGUGAGAAAUGGCUCGAACUUUCAUGCCCCAGUGUUACAAACGAGCAAAGCAUUCCUCAUGCCGCCUGUAAGAAGGAAACAUGCGUUGACUCUCCAGAACAUGUGAUGGCCGAGUCUAAGUCUAUGACUAUUUAAGGCGGUACACAGCUUAUA